UCCCGGGACUCGGGUGUGUCAGCUCCUCACAGCUAAGGUUCGGAGGACGCUUGCUCUGUCAGAUCCUCUACUGGAUGGACGACCAGAAGUAUCUCAGAUAAUGCUCGUCCUAGGAGGCAGUUCUUCAUGUCGCCGUGUCCUGGGUGAAGAACUGCAGGUCAGAGGUAGACAGCUGCCAAGGCCGGGUACAGGCUCCUUACAUCAUGGCACCUCUCCAGGAUGGGACAGAACUACUGGGGAGUGUGGGGGAGGGAUCCUAGGAUCGGAAGGGAAAGGGCACCAGCUGACUUGAAGGACCCCUUCCUGAGAAGCAGGUAUUUCCCAAGGCUGGGUUCUAGUCUCGCGCCCCAGUAGGUCAGAGCCAGGCGGAGGCGGGGUGACUAGAGCGAAGUGGACAAAAUCGGGGUCCAGCCCCUGUGUUCUGCCCCUGCCUGUCUGGAACUCCGUAGAAUCGGGGCCCUAGGCACCUCCAUCCACCUGGUCCUUCAAAGAGCUCUAGUCCAGAAAAGGAAAUGGCUGGGCCUGACAAUGUGGAGCUGUGGCCACAGGGUGGCAGCAGUGCCUCAGCUGCGGGGAUGGCUCCCGAGCCCCAGGUGAGGCAGGUCCUAGGCAAGCAGUUGCCCUCUAGUGAGGAGGGGGUCCGUCUACAAAGAUUUGAAGCAAUCCCCACUCUGUGAGCUCCCCACUUUCGUUUUGUUCCCUUCUGCAUGUCAUUUUCCUAUCCACAGGCAAAUCUCAGGGUAGUGGCUCCAAGAGGCACCUGCAGGGGUGUGGAUGGGCUGGGUGACCUUGGCUGCAACCAUUAGGGGGGGGACCCUGGCUGGGUCAUCCCGGCCACCUCUGACCCUAACUCUUCUCCCCACUCCCUCUGUUCCAGGACACAAUACCUAGCCCUUCCUGACAGGGCUUUCUUUAUGCUUUUAUUCUACAAGUUAGAAAAGAGAGGAGGAGGUGAUCAAUUGGAGCUCUCCAACCUGUUGAGGGAUUGGGGGUUCUUAAAGGCCCCCCAGGGCCUGGCGCUGACAAAGCAUCUGCAAUUAAUGAUGCUCCUCAAGCUCUGGAGACAGGAUUUAUGCAUCUAAUAAAGUCUGUAAUUCCAGGCUUAGGGGCUAGGGCCGGAGGCUGAGAGCAGGAAGUCCCGGAGGGGCCAUGGGAGGGGAUCUCAGGGGCUCUUAAUGGGGCCGUGCAUUUCCAUUGCCUGCUCUAGAUUCCCCCUCCAGCUGCGGUGGGGGUGGCGGGCAGGGGGACAGCAGGUAUAAGAGGCAGAUGUGGCCGGAGGAAGGCAGAUGACAGCAUGGAUUCCAGGCAGGCAGCAGUGCUACUGCUGGUGCUGCUUUUAGUAACAGACUGGGGCCACGCUGAAGGACCAGGAGGCCAGGGUGGAGAUCACAUCUUCGUGGUAAGUUAGCGCCCCUCCCCACGUCACUUUUCCUCUCUACCUCAGCAUGGGGCUUGUGCUCUAGGUUCAAACACUUGUGGCCAGGGUCUUCAUUUGAAGAAAUGGCUACUCAGCCUCCUACAACUUGUCACUGGAAGCCACAUCCUUCCCCUACUGACCUGAAUGUCCAGUCUUUGCCCAUAUUCCCUGCUGGAUGUCCCUGUGCCACAGGAGGAAGACGCCAGACCCCGCACGCCACAGGAUGCCGAGACCGCUGCGUCACUCUUCCUCUCCCUGCUCCAGGCCAUGCAGAGACCCGGCCGGAGCCCAGCCUUCCCGUUUCAGCCCCAAAGGUUUGGCAGAAAUACCCAGGGCUCUGGGAGCAACGACCGGCUGAUUACCCGAGCUGGGGAGGGGCUGAGCGCCCCGUUCUGGAGUCUGGCUGCCCCUCAGCGCUUUGGGAAGAAGUGACAUAUCAUCUCUUGAUCCAUCUGCAUGCAAGGCCCACACCCAAAGUGCCAUGUAUCCCCCCUCCCCCCAAAUAAAGCUGCCUGGCUUCUGAA